CGGUGUUAAAAACGUGUGUAUACGCAGCAGUGGUGCUGCUAAGUUUCAGUUCGCAGCUGAGGUUGAUAUCGCUGCAGUCAUGCCUGGACUCCUGCUGGGAGACGUUUUCCCCAAUUUUGAAGCCGACACAACCAUUGGCAAGAUAAAAUUCCACGAGUUUUUAGGAGACUCCUGGGGCAUCUUGUUCUCCCAUCCCCGCGACUACACACCUGUGUGCACCACCGAACUGGGCCGGGCAGCCAGACUGAGCCCCGAGUUUACCAAGCGCAAUGUGAAAAUGAUUGCCUUGUCUAUUGACUCUGUGGAAGACCACCUUGGUUGGAGCAAGGAUAUUAUAGCGUACAACAAUGAGGCGCCCAGCUGCACCAUGCCUUUCCCCAUCAUCGCGGAUGACAAGAGGGAGCUGGCUGUGAUGCUGGGAAUGCUGGACCCAGAUGAGAGAGACAAGGACGGCAUGCCUCUUACUGCCCGUUGUGUGUUUAUAAUUGGUCCAGACAAGAAGCUGAAGUUGUCCAUCCUGUAUCCUGCAACAACGGGGCGCAACUUUGAUGAGCUGCUGCGGGUCAUUGAUUCCCUGCAGCUGACGGCACAGAAAAGAGUGGCGACUCCAGUGGACUGGAAGCUAGGGGACCGCGUCAUGGUUCUUCCCAACAUCUCGGAGACAGAGGCUGCAGCUCUCUUCCCCUCUGGCGUUAGCACCAAAGAACUGCCUUCUGGGAAGAAGUACAUGCGCUAUACACCACAGCCAUGAGGUGGCACCACAGGAUGCACCCCCUGCAAAGGAUAAUGUGUGUAUGUGGGGGGGGGAAAUAAACUUUCUAUAAAUAUCCAAAAA